CAAAGGGCUGAAGGCUCCUCUGUUUGCCCUUGGCCCAGGGCCUCCCAGAGGUACAGAUGGUACACUGGGCUGGCCAUGCAGCGCGUUGGGCACGUUGCCGCAAUGCUCACCUCUCUCAGUUUGCUCGGCAGGUGAACCUGGGUUUGCAAGGCCACCGCGGCCUUGCCAGCUGCCCACCACUGACGCGUAUUUGCGCUGAGCUGCGGCCAGUGCAAGGCUUCGUGGAACAACGCGCAAAGACGCCAGGCACCCUGAGCCGUAUCCUGUCCGGCGAGAGCCUUGAGCACUUGGAUGGGGCAGUCUCUCAACAGGUCGUUGCAGAUCUCUUGGAGACCGUCAUUGCUGCUUCUCUUGGCAACGGUGGAUGCUCCUUAUCAGAAAUCUUCGACAUAGGCAUGACUUGUGGAUGCCUUCACUGGACAUGUCAAAAACCAACAGCAUCAAGGUCGCUAGGUGCAAGCUUCGCGUGAGUUGACAGCUGUGCCACAGUUUUCAGGGAGACCAGAGAAUCAAUUGGGAG